AUGCAUUCACAAGCUAACCGACCGACUGUUCGCAUUCUGUGCGGUUCUAAUGCGACCAAUGGGAUUAACGUUGGCUGGCUGGCAGCUAACGAAACUGUCUUUGGAAUACGAGUAAGCGCUAAGUAUGUGGUCUAUUUUCUGCCUAACGUUGUUGAUCCACCUCUCACAGACGAAUUUCUGUUGUUACCAGACGGGAGCUCUUGGAGGUGCUCGAAGGGCAUUGUACCAGACAACUGCAAAUCUAUUUUUGCUGUCGCCGGCGGUACCAAGAAGUGGUGUCGCAGAUGGACCUGCCGGGAGAUACAUAUCCUCCCGCGGGAUAUUUGGCAGUGCGAAUGUUCUCUGUUCAAUGUUGGACACUCGACAGCCAGCCACCGACGUCACUGCAAUUUUUUUUUUCAACGAAACGGUCAGCGUAUUCGCUCGCGCUCAGAGACGACGGAGGUGCAUUGUGGAGCUACUUCAUUCUCUCUGUCAAGACUUGGUAGGCGAAGGAGGAUAAAAGCUGGCCCCCUCUCCCCGUUGUUCUUCACUCCAACCACCCACCAGUUGAAGCAACUCUUCUCUCAGAAAUGUUCUCCAAGCUUACCACUGUCUUCGCUCUUGCUACCCUUGCUGCCGCCGUCCCGUGGAACACCCCACCGGUCACUCCCCCGACCACCCCCCCUCUGCUGCAAGAGCGUCGAAAGCUCCGUCAGCAGCGCAGUCGGCGUCGUCGCCGGCCUUCUCGGUCUCGACCUCACCGGCCUUAACGUCCCCAUCGGCCUGAGCUGCUCCCCCAUCACCGUCGUCGGCAAUAACUGCGGCGACACCAGCGUUGUUUGCGAUGCGCCACAGCAGGAGUGGGGCGGCCUCAUUGCGAUCAACUGCCUCCCGAUUACCCUUUAA